AUGGGCUUUGACUCUAAUUACGUGUGGUUUGUGACCGGAUGUUCUUCUGGUCUUGGAAAAUCCAUUUCAAAGGCCGUGUAUGACGCUGGUUUUCGGAUCGUGGCAACCGCCCGCUCGACUACAUCCCUCUCGUACCUGCCCGAUGGCCCCAGGGUGCUCAAGCUCUGCCUGGACGUGACGUCCGCCACAUCGAUUGAGGCAGCCCUCGAUGCUGCAGUAAGCCACUUUGGACAGAUUAACGUGGUGAUCAACAAUGCAGGAUACGGGCUCAGAGGGGACACCGAGGCCGUCCCGGAAGAGGAGGCCCGAAACCAGAUGGAAACUAACUUCUGGGGCCCGGUCUGGAUUACUCGCGGAGCCGUGCGGAUCUUCCGUGAAGUCAAUGGACAGGGCCAAGGGGGAACAGUCGUGCAGAUUUCUUCUCUGGGGGGAUGGAUGGGGUUUCCGGGGAAUGCGUUCUACCAUGCUAGCAAAUUUGCCCUAGAGGGAUUCACUGAAUCUGUGGCUAAGGAGAUGGAUCCAUCGUGGAACAUCAAGUUUCUUCUCGUGCUGCCGGGUGGCGUGCGCACGAACUUCGCUUCGACCAGUGUCAAGGCGACGCCACGGCAUCCCGCCUAUGACCACCCCGGCAGUCCCCUCACCCAACUGCUGGAAUACGUGGCCAAUCCGGCGUCUCAGGAUACCUGGAGCGAUCCCGACAUCUGCGCACGGCUCCUCGUCAACACCGUGGUCGGCCAGCAAGAACGACCGCUCCCUGUGCGUUUGCUUAUGGGUGCAGAGACCAUUCCCUUGAUACGCGGUGACAUCGAACGGACACUCAAGGAGAUGGAUGACUGGAAAGCGCAGACAGAGAGCUGUUCGCCAAAGGGGGGCGCUCGCCUUGUUAUCUCCGCGGGGAAAAAUUGA